ACGUCACAAAUAGUACGGUUAGUAUGAGUAUUCGAACUCAGCUCAGGUUUAGUGAAGAGAAUAAUUGGAGGACGGUCUCACACUCCAGUACAGUAGGUGGCGGUGUAAGCACCUUUCAGUUGGUCGCGACAAUACAAAUGUAAAUAAGUAAUAAGCGGAAGUGAGUAGUGAUCAAGAACAAUUUCCACGUUAGCGUUUUUAUUUUUUAGACAUUUAUUAACACCCUGAAACUCAAUGCGAUUCAUUUUAACUGCAAAACAACACGUACUUAACUCGGGUAGUCUUUAAUUCGCGUUUGGAGACGGGACUUGGUUGAUGUUUUCUAGGUAACGCCAGCUAGCUGCUAACGAUACUAGUAAACAAUGGCUAACGAUAUGGUUUUUCACACUCAAAUAGCCUCGAUUAUGGAGGUGCUAGCGAAUGCAGCCGUGGCAGAGAUCUGUAAACUCGUAGACGACGACUAUGCAGUGUUUCGUUUGGAAAUGUCUCAAAGCCAGAAAGAAAACAGGGGAUUGCGGAGGAAACUACAGCUACUGGAACUGAAGGUGUCACGGGAGCGCGCAGAGAGGACAAUACGCGAGCGCGUCCUCACCAGUCGUCCCAGUAGUGUCAAGAUCCUCGACCGAUACAGAGGAAUGGCAAGAGGCGAAGGACAUCUCACUGUAGGCCACAGGAGCAUUGUGAAGACAGCGGGACCCAAUGUGUGGAGAGAUGACCAACCCAUAGCUAUAGAUGAGGGGAUUGGAACCUCAACCCAGCAUGUUAUUGUGAUAGAGUCUGCAGAUUCAGAGGCUGCAGGUCCUGAAGGGUCGUCUCUGGUCAAGCAGGAGAGGACUGAAGGAGAGGACCCACGGCACAGCGGAGACACCCAAACUAGAGCAGUGGCUACAGUGGCACCACCUGAAGCCACGGUGGACCUCACCACCGCCAGCUCACCCCAGCCCAGGACCGGACGUAGCAUCACGGAGGAGGAGGAGGGUCCAGAGGUACUGCUGGUGAAGGAGGAGGGGUAUGAGGAGGGUCUGGGGAACCCUGAGGAGGAAAACCAGACGACACCUCCUCCUGAACCCACAAAGGACCCAGUUGAGCAGAACAGGACCACACACAGUCUCAAUGAGUCAGUAGACAUGGAGGAUGGGAAGCCUGAUCUGCUGAUAGUCAAAGAGGAGACAAUAGAAGAUGGACCAGAUAGCAUUGACCUGCUGAGUGGACUAAAGAUGGGGGAGCAAGGUGGUUGGCUGGAGGCUAACAGAGGAGACUGGGGGGCCAUCUUGGAUUCCCAGAAGGGUGCAGUCAAUAGCCCGGGGGACGACAUCACUGAGCAGGCCAGGACCAGAGGUGACAUAGUGGAGUCUGCAGUCCAUGAAGACCUGCUGAUAUCUGGUGUUGCUGGCAGGAGAGACUGGAUCUCUGAAGCGGCUGGUCACAAGCCCUGGCUCCUGAUCAGGACCCUGAAUCAGGAGCCAUCGAUCUUCCUUCCCGAGUCGGAACGGAGACGGGAUUGCGAGGGACCGAGACUCCACCAACACACAGAACACAACCAGUGGACAGGUGGACUGAACAACCUCAGUCCUGGUGGUCAUCAGAGAGACAGAGGCUCCAGUCAGGGAUCCAGUCCACAGCCCAGACCCUUCUCUUCACAGUCUCAGUGCAGGGAUGAAGCAGGACCUGGGGCUGAUAGAGAUAGACCCUCCUGUUCCUAUGAUACAAACACCACAAUAUCCAUAAUGAACAGAGCAGGUCACCCUGAGCUUCAGCCUUUACAGAGAGUGGUGGGAGACCCCCCGGGUGAUAGUCUAGCAGCAAGUCUGUCUUCACCUUCAGGGUCUUGUCUAAUGCCUGGUGACUGGGUUCAUAGAAGUCCUGGUUCUGGGUCUAGCCUUCCUCAGUUACCUCAUAGUUACCCCACCAAUACAGACAGGGUCAGGAUGGAUGUUCACCACAAGAGGUACCUAGCCUAUAACACAGCACACAAUCCCAACAACACCCAAACAAUGGCUAGAGGUCAAGGAGGGAGCUCAAAGACUAACCACCUGAGGGUGGUGGCUCCUGCUUCUGCCUCCUCUGGUGUCAUUGGGUCACAACAUGGGAGGCCGAGCAUUAGCACAGACGAAGACAAGCCAUACUCCUGCCCCACGUGUGGGAAGCGCUUUGCAAAGGCGACCUAUGUGAAGAAGCACCAAACCAUUCACAUCAAGGAGAGGCCCUUCAAGUGUAAGCUGUGUUACAAGAGCUUCUCAUUCCUGAGUUAUCUUAUCAGACAUAGGAGUGUCCACAACAGGGAGCAAUCAUAGCAUUGGGUCUUGAGAUAUCUGGAAACUAUUAUUUAGCUGAAAUAUUAUAGUUAUCAUGUGAAAUGUCCUGGAGUUUUGGGGGGAUUACCAAGUCCCUCAGUUGAGCAUCUGGGUAAACUCUCAUGAUACAGACUUGUUGUUUGGUGUGCUGGCAUAGCCAAAACACUGUCAUGGUACUGAAGAGCAACACUAUACUCCCCCUAUGAAUUUGGUUUUGCCUAUGUUCUAUUCAUAAUAAAUAUGUCCCUCUUUUUUUAUAACACACACACACACACAAUCCGGUUGUACCUGUUACUUUAUUUACUAAAAAUAGGUUAUCAAAAUAUACCCUCUUUUUAUAACAAGUCAGGUGAGAUGAGAUGACCCAGAGGUCGCUUUCUUUGGGGAAGAGGUCCAAAAACAACCCCUUACUGUGCCCCUUUCCCCUAUAACCCUCCCGUGGCACUGGGUAGUAGGUAGGAGUUCUCCUUAAUCAGAUAUUUUUCAUCCUCCCGUCUAUCAUCUUCCAUAUCGUUUAUGUGUAUUAUUGUUAUGCAUCUCCAAUGGUUGUAGCAAACAUUGCCACUCAAUAAUUGAUUUCCCCAGCCACACAAGUCAUUGCCUGACAAAUCAAACAUGAAUUAUGCCGCUGCUCUAUCGUUCGCUACGUACUUCAGUCUGAGAAGGCCAUCAUUGAAGUCGUUUGUUUGUGACGUCUGUGACAGUCAAAAUGAGGGGUGUUUUACAAAACAGAAGUUGAAUAUUUACCUUACCGAGUUGAUGUAGAUGGAAUAAAGUCAUACUCUUUUCUACUCUAUUCUUACUAACACACUGUUCUUUCUAAACAAGUCUGCUCUCUGCUUGAAAGAUACUGUAGUUAUCAUGAAGAGGAUUUUAUUUGAUUAGGAUCCCCAUUAGCCGACACCAAUGGUGAACGUUAGUCUUACUGUGGUCCGACACGUAACGAAAAAGACAUUACAGACAAAAGACAAUUUACAUAUAUUUAAAAACAUUAACGUGUGCGUGCAUCUAUCAGUCACACACACGUUAGUACAUCCACACAACAAGUAGGUCACAUGGGGGAGAGGCGUUGUGUCGUGAGGUGUUGCUUUAUUUGUUUUUUGAUAGCCAGGUUUGCUGUUCACUUGCGCUAUAUGAAAUUGAAUGGAGUUCCGUGCAAUCAUGGCUCUGUAUAAUACAAUACAUUUCCUUGAAAUUGUUCUGGAUCUGGGAACUGUGAAAAGAACCGUGGUGGCAUGUCUGGUGGGGUAAGUGUGUGUGUCAGUGCUGUGUGUAAUUUUACUAUGCAAGCAAUUUGGAAUUUCCUUACACAUUGUUUGUUAUAAAAACAAGUGACGCAGUCAGUCUUUCCUCAACUCUUAGACAAGAGAGACUGGCAUGCAUAGUAUAGAUAUUAGUCCUCUGAUUACAAUGAAGAGCAAAAAGUUCCGCUCUGGGCCAGCCGCAGCUUAACUAGGUCCUUCUUUGCAGCACUUGACCAUAUAACCGGACAAUAAUCAAGAUAAGAUCAAACUAGAGCCUGCAGGACUUGCUUUGUGGAGUGUGGUGUCAAAUAAGGAAAACAUCUCUUUAUCACAGACUGAACUCUCUCCAUCUUUACAACCAUUGAAUCUAUAUUUUUUGACCAUGACAGUUUAAAAUCUAAGGUAACACCAAGUGUACUGAACAACAAUAU